GGUUUUUGGUUGUCUUGUCUAAUCUCUUUAUUUCUUUUUCUUCGGAUUGGAUCUACACAAUUUUUUCGAUAUUUUCUUCGGGUUGCUAACUCAACGGUAGAGUAUUCGGCUUUUAAGUGCGGCUAGUGUCUUUUACACAUAUGGAUGAAGUGAGGGAUUCGUCCAUACUCUCGGUAAAGUUUGGAAGACCACGACUGAUCCUGAAAGGGAAUGAAUGGUAAAAAUAGCAUGUCGUAUCAACGGAAAGUUCUGAAAAAAUUUCAUUGUUCCUAGAUGGGUAUAAAACCGUGUUAGAAUUCUUGGAACGGAACAAAAUAAAGUUGGGUCGAAUGAAUAAAUGGAUAGGGCUGCGGCUUCAAUUAAAUUAUAGGGAAAGAAAAAGCAACGAGCUUUUGUUCUUAAUUUGAAUGAUUCCCGAUCUAAUUAGACGUUAAAAAUUUAUUAGUGCCUGAUGCGGGAAGGGUUUCUUGUCCCAUGAGUGGAUUCUCGAUUUUUUUAAUGAAUCCUAACUAUUACCAUUUUCUAUUAUGGAGAUGUGUGUGUAGAAGAAACAGUAUAUUGAUAAAGAAAGUUUUUUCCGAAGUCAAAAGAGCGAUUAGGUUGAAAAAAUAAAGGAUUUCUAACCAUCUUAUUAUCCUAUAACACUAUAACAUAGACCAAUUAAAUGAAACGAAAAAAAAAAAAGAGAUGAUAGAGAAUCCGUUGAGAAGUUUACCUGUAUCCAAGGUAUCUAUUCUAUUCUUACUAUAAUACUUUGUUUUAACUGUAUCGCACUAUGUAUCAUUUGAUAACCCUCAAAAUCUUCCAUCUUUGGUUCAAAUCGAAUUUCAAAUGGAAGAAAUCCAAAGAUAUUUACAGCCAGAUAGCUCGCAACAACACAACUUCCUAUAUCCACUUAUCUUUCAGGAGUAUAUUUAUGCACUUGCUCAUGAUCAUGGUUUAAAUAGAAAUAGGUCGAUUUUGUUGGAAAAUCCAGGUUAUAACAAUAAAUUUAGUUUCCUAAUUGUGAAACGUUUAAUUACUCGAAUGUAUCAACAGAAUCAUUUUCUUAUUUCUACUAAUGAUUCUAACAAAAAUCCAUUUUUGGGGUGCAACAAGAGUUUGUAUUCUCAAAUGAUAUCAGAGGGAUUUGCAUUUAUUGUGGAAAUUCCGUUUUCUCUACGAUUAAUAUCUUCUUUAUCUUCUUUCGAAGGCAAAAAGAUUUUCAAAUCUCAUAAUUUACGAUCAAUUCAUUCAACAUUUCCUUUUUUAGAGGACAAUUUUUCACAUCUAAAUUAUGUAUUAGAUAUACUAAUACCCUACCCCGUUCAUCUGGAAAUCUUGGUUCAAACUCUUCGCUAUUGGGUAAAAGAUGCCUCUUCUUUACAUUUAUUACGAUUCUUUCUCCACGAAUAUUGGAAUUUGAAUAGUCUUAUUACUUCAAAGAAGCCCGGUUACUCUUUUUCAAAAAAAAAUCAAAGAUUCUUCUUCUUCUUAUAUAAUUCUUAUGUAUAUGAAUGCGAAUCCACUUUCGUCUUCUACGGAACCAAUCUUCUCAUUUACGAUCAACAUCUUUUGGAGCCCUUCUUGAACGAAUCUAUUUUUAUGGAAAAAUAGAACGUCUUGUAGAAGUCUUUGCUAAGGAUUUUCAGGUUACCCUAUGGUUAUUCAAGGAUCCUUUCAUACAUUAUGUUAGGUAUCAAGGAAAAUCAAUUCUGGCUUCAAAAGGGACGUUUCUUUUGAUGAAUAAA